CGAGAUUAUUUGGACCUCGACUGCUACCGUAUGAUCCGUCUCUUCCUGUUCGCUAGCAGCUAGAGGACGUUGGUGUCACAGAGGAGAAGGGCUUCUUGGGUAUUUAUUUUCAGCUAGCGAAAGAAACACUACAGCAACAUGUUUUCACGCGCCGUGAGACCGACGAUCAAACUCGCCAGGAGCUUGUCCACCUCGUCGCAGCAGCACACUAAAGUGGCGGUGCUGGGAGCCUCCGGCGGCAUAGGCCAACCACUGUCUUUGCUGCUCAAGAACAGCCCCCUGGUGAGUCAACUCUCCCUCUAUGAUAUCGCUCACACUCCCGGCGUGGCAGCAGACCUCAGCCACAUCGAGACAAGAGCCCAGGUCAGCGGCUACAUGGGUGCCGACCAGCUCGACGCUGCGCUCCAGGGUUGCGAAGUUGUCGUCAUUCCCGCCGGCGUGCCCAGAAAGCCCGGCAUGACUCGUGACGACCUCUUCAACACCAACGCAACCAUCGUAGCCACCUUGGCCGAUGCCUGUGCUCGCAACUGCCCCGAAGCGAUGAUCUGCAUCAUUGCCAACCCAGUCAACUCCACCAUCCCUAUUACAUCAGAAGUCAUGAAGAAGCACAGCGUAUACAACCCUAACAAGGUGUUUGGUGUCACCACCUUGGACAUUGUCAGAGCCAACGCCUUUGUGGCUGAGCUCAAAGGCCUUGACCCAGCCCGCGUCAGCGUGCCCGUCAUUGGGGGUCACGCAGGGAAGACUAUCAUUCCCCUCAUUUCCCAGUGCACCCCGAAAGUGGAGUUCCCUGCUGACCAGUUGUCCGCCCUGACGGGCAGGAUCCAGGAAGCCGGCACAGAGGUGGUGAAGGCCAAGGCUGGAGCUGGUUCUGCUACCCUCUCCAUGGCGUACGCCGGUGCCCGCUUCACCUUCUCCGUCUUGGAUGCCAUGAAUGGAAAGGAGGGUGUGGUAGAAUGCGCCUUUGUCAGGUCAGAGGAGACAGAGUGCAAGUACUUCUCCACGCCUCUCCUCUUGGGCAAGAAUGGCAUUGAGAAGAACCUCGGGCUCGGCAAGCUGUCCGCCUUCGAGGAGAAGCUGGUGGCCGACGCCAUUGAUGAGCUGAAGGGUUCCAUCAAGAAGGGUGAGGAUUUUGUGGCCAAGAUGAAGUGAACAGAGACAUUAAAGUAGCUGCAACUUGCCACUGUCACUGAUAUUUCCAGUCUUAAAUUAAAAGGCUCUUUGGCAAAACUCCA